AUGCCGGAAGUGUUUGUUUUGAUUUGCGUUUGUUCGGAGAGGAAUAGAAAUUGCCGCAGCUGGAAGGAAAACAUUGCUGUUUAUGCCAACACGACAACACGGAAGAGGCCAGUGAAUUCCCGCAGCAAAACAGAGGACACUAGCUUGUCGGAAGGCAUUUCCGGCAUUCCGGGGAAUAUCGGCAAUUGGCUGUUGAUCGCGGCAGGCUCCUGUUCAAAAGUAAUCCUCCGAUCUUUUGCUUCAUUUCUAAUCGUUCCGCCUUCGCAGAUUUCACCGGAGGUCGAUUCGACGGUGCGGAUAUGCGCCGGCUGUGCCGAACGCGUCGACGCGCAGCACGCCUUCCGGACGCGAGACCUGCACUGCAACAGUUACGUCGAGAACGGGCUGGAGGACAAGGAAGACGAGGACGUGUGCCGGUUCUGCUUGAAGGCGGAUAGCGGGGCGGCGUUGGUCGAGUUGUUUCCGGGCGGCGGCGGGAGCGUGGCGGAUGAGGUGCAAACGGUGCGGGAUUGUUUGGGGGUUGAGAUCAACAGCUGGGACAUGGUGACGAAGAUUUGCGGGGAUUGUGUGGGCGGUGUUGAAGAGUUGGCUGAAUUUCGGGCGGAAUUUUCGCCGACAGCCGUGCCGGUGAAGCUGGAGGACGUGACGGAUUCGUCGGAUUCGUACAGCAUUGGCAGCGAGAAUGGGGAAGGGGGUGAGGAUUUUGAGUCGGACAGUUCGAAGGCGGAUAACGGGGAGAAGCGUGGGGGAAAAGCGGAAGGUCACGGCACGGUCGCUGCCGUGGAUUGGAAGUGACCACGAGGUUACGAAGGUUACAAGUCUAAAUGUUUGAACGGAGCGGAGGAUGGAGUUCAAGCGAAGGUGCUCCUGCACAUGGUCAGACAAAUGACAAAUUCGGCAAAUAACAACCGUACGCCAUGAUUAUUGUUUUUGUUCAUCAUAUUUAACAAUACAAAAAAAUACGGCUGACACCACAAAUAAAAAAAAAUCCAAGAAACUUCAAUGUUCGUCUCUCA